GUCGAAGAUGAUUGGUUCAAAUGCAAACUCUGAGGUUGGAAAGAUCGCACGAGUCGGGAAGCGUCAUGUCUGCCGCGGACCACAAAGCACGGGGAAAUGAAGCGUUCCAGGCAGGCCGAUAUGCCGACGCCAUCGACAGCUACUCACUUGCGUUGGACUUUGAUGGAGACUCGGCAUGGAAUACCGCCAUCUUGUGCAAUAGAGCGUUCGCACGACUUCAACUUGGAGCUCCAGACCAGGCUGCCCUCGCUGAAGUCGACUGCUCAACUGUGCUUCAGCUUGAUCCUGUCAACGUCAAAGCGCUCUUUCGACGAGCCCAAGCACGGAUGGUCCUGGCAAACCUGACGGGUGCAAAGACCGACCUCGAGUCGAUUGUUAGCCUAGAGCCUGGAAACCCACAAGCGAAUGAAACCCUCGACAGAGUGCGAAUGCAGCUUGCUGCCCAAACGAAUAACGGGAUGUUCAAUCCUGCCUUCCAGGCGAACCUCCUGCGCGGUAUUGCCCCAGUCACUUUGUAUUCACCACCUCCCCCUCAUCGCCUCAAAUCCCCACGCCAAUGCAAAGUGCACGACGUAAAUCAUCGUAACAAUGAAGACUUUGCAGAGGCGCUCCGUCAGUGCUCCAUCGUCGCCCACGAAGAAGCGGAGUCUCAUGCAUCACGAGACAAGAAGGUCUCCUUGGCCGCGUGGGAGGAUUUGCAAGCCCAAGAGCGAUCUGUGACCAAGUCGACUCGAGGAGUUACCAAGCAAGUGAAGCGAGCUGCCAACCGAGUGCAAUCGUCUGGAAUGUCCUCCUCCACUGCCGCAGUAAAGCCAGGGCCCAUCAAAGUCCACACGGAUGCUCUGUGGGCCCAAUUGAUGGAAGACGAGGUCAAGACUUGCUCUUUGUACAAGGCCAAAAUUCGGAGUAAGCAGAAGUGGUCAGAAUAGCGCGGCAAGUACAUUCGACUGAAUGUAACCUGACUCUGCCCUCGCACACGGAAUGGACACGGGCUUCUCCUUUGC